UCUUUGCGCACUAGCACCUGAGGCUGUGGAUGACCGCGCCACUACCCCCCACAGAAAGCCGACAAUAGUAACAGUGAAUAUACCUACCUCAGAAUAAACGGUAUUAAGUAAAUAGAACCAACAUUCAUUAUCUGAACCCUAAGAUAUUAUCUAUUUUAUUUUAAUUAAUGGCACGAUAUACAUAUUUCACUACCUACCCUGUCACUAGGUACUACAAGCUUCACGAUAUGUACCUCUGUCACAACAGAGUAGGCAUCUACAUACAAACGUAUCUACAGAAAAUAAUAAAUUAUAUAGGUACAUUCAUUCGUUUUGCCUCUUUCUACAGAGUGGCCACUUUUAUGAUAAAAAUAUCGCCUCAAUCUAUUCGAAUGGGAAAAAACUGAGCGAAACGGAACAAAAACGUUGCUAAGCAACCGAUCGAAACACAAUCACGUCAAGUAUCUUGGUAUAUUUAUCUUUGUAGUGUAUUAUUUUUCCAUAUAUAUUAUAAUUCUCUUUGGUAUUAUCCAAGAGGUAUUAUCUAUGUCAAGUACAAGCAAGCGUUUGCAACAGUUAUAUAUAGUUUUUUGGAAGCAUUGAUUAGACUAAUAGUAUCAAUAGUGUUUAAAAUAUACAUACAAAAAGUUAUAUUGGUGACUAAAAUAAUUUAACGUUUGGUCAGAAAACUGAUCCUAAAGGUUUUUUAAUAUUGAAUACAUUCGUAUACCAUAUUAAUUAUUAUUGUGCAGGAGGUAUUAGUGAAAUGGCUUGCAAAACGUCUUAUGAGCUUCAUCAUAAUUUUCCUAAGUUAGCCGAUGAAUCAGGGUUUACAUUUAGCAGUCACCGUCCACGAGUACACAUAGAUUGGAAAAAAAUAAAACUCAUUGAUAUAGAACGUCUGAUACGGGAGAGAACGUUUUCUGUUAUUGAACAACACAUUAACGAUAUUUUGGACUGCGUUUUGGAAUCCGAAUUUGAUGUCCGCAUUUUGGAUGAUGGAGUGAUAAAAAUGUUUCGCUUAGCGCAACUCGCCGUUGAAUAUCAACAGUUUUGCCGACAUUACCUCGAUCGAAGUGUCUAUGUAUUACGACAGGAAAUAAGUAAUGUUGCUCAGGAACUGGAUGUAACGAAAAAAAACCUACGUGACAAGGAGGAAGAACUUAGAAAGCUUAGAAAAAGGACACGUCAUACUUAUAAAACGCCAUUACCCUACGGCAAUGAUAACAUAGCUGCUGUGAUUUUAAAAACUCUUAAUAACAGAGGAGAUUUAUUUGCCACUAGUUCUAGAGGCGAUUUAGAUCAAUAUAAUAAAUGCGCGUUCUGCGACAAAGUCUUUCUGAAUCAAUUGUAUUUACAAAGUCAUAUUGUUCGUCGUCAUCCAGAUCAAAAUUAUUUGCCAGACAAAGAAACGAACAAUAAAACUCGUGUUAAUGAAAACAACAAUGAGAAUAAUAAAUUAAACACAGAAAUAAUUGAAUUAAAACAUAAAUUAGAAGAAAUGCAAGUAUUAAUAGCUAAUACUAAUAAGCAAGACAAAUCUCCAGUUCACAAAAACAAUAUAGAUAAUAACAGCAACCCCAAUAAAGUUGGAUUCAAACACAUGAAAGACGCUGAAGUCUCUACAAAUAAUGAAGAUUAUCUACUUAACAAAAUUGAAGAGUGGAAAAAAGAAGAACAUGAAAAAUGCUACAAGGAGAUUAAUACUUUAAGAAACCAGAUCAUGGAUACAAUAAAUUCGUUCAGACAAAAAGAAGCACAUCCAGAGGAAAAAGACCUCAGCACGCUAAAUCAACUUCGAACCACGAUCCUCGAACAAGGCGCAGAAAUACUUGCUUUGAAACAAGAAUUGAAAAAAUCGGAAAACGAAACAGAGAUUAAGUAUUCUGAAAGAAUAAAGGAGGCAGAAGAUCAAAUAUCCUUCUGGACAAAACGUACCGAAGCCCAAUCUAAGCAAUACGAUUCGCUACUCCAGAAAUUGAACGAUGUUACAAAAGAUGCAAAAGAGUUGCGUGAAUUAGCAGAGAAAGAAAGGAAACGAGCUGAGCAGUUAGAGACACUAUUGUUAGAAAAUAAUCGCAACAACAAAAGUUCAGAAAGGACCGCUUCUCCAAGUGUAAAUAACAUAAAUAAGAUCCUUCCCAGAAUACAGUUUCUGUCCACCCAUAAGAGCCCAAGUCAACCACCGAAGAAUGACUCUGUGGAGAAAAAUACUCCAAACCAAUUCUUAAAUAAACAAUCGCCCUCUAAAUCCAAUAAAUUAACAGAUCGUGAAACAUUAGAAAAUUUGCAUCGUAAAGCACAAGAGCUCCUUCGUAUGAGUUCUUUAAGUUCUAGCUUAUCCGAUUCAUCGAGUAUUGAGAAAGCCAAAGUUAUAUCUAAGGAAAGUAAUGAAGUAACAGAGAUGAGUAAGAAAAAGCCCAAGAUGGUAAACUACGUAAGAAGUAAUUCAAAUAAAGAAGAGAAUCAUAACAAUUUACAAAAUCCUACAAAAACCAAAAAUUUUGAAAUUCCUAAACCUAAAGACAGAAAAAUAAAUAAGAAGAAAUCAAAAACCUACAUGAAUGGAGCCUUAAAGGAAAGUUCACUUGCCAUUGGCAGCCCUGUGAAGAUAAUAAGAGCCAAAAUAGCAGAAGACGUUCAUAGCCGUAUGGUGUCACUCGGUGUUGACCCUCUUAAAAGUAGGCUGCCACAAACUGUAUAUCAAAGCCAACGUGUAUAUCUGCAAAAGCGACAGGAACAUAAAGCAAAGUUAAAUCCAUCACAUGAAAAAAUUAGACAUUCUAUUAUAGCAUAUUUGGAUUCUAAAACAAUGAAUGGACAAGACAAUAUCUUGUCUACUAAUAAAUAUAAUACCCAAGAGAAUAUGCCGAAACGAUUUCAAAAUUUAAGGUCCAUGAUAUCUGGUGUCAAAACGAAAGCAAUUUCUUUGAUGAAAGUGAAUGAUUUAAAUGUAAAAAAUAAACGUAAGACAUUCGGCGCGGAAGUAGCAAAACGCGCAAUAUCAUUAUUAAAAACGCCCCCGGGAUCUGCACCUAACAGUCCCAGAAAAGAAAAUCCUUCAUCAAAAGGCGAUAAAAAUCCCAUCGACGACUUGCCACAAAAUUUCAGUAACGAAGUUAAUACUGAUUUAAUAACUGUUAAGAACAUAAAAACUGCAAAGCGAAUUACGAAAAGUGCCACAAUAAGUAAAUCCAAUUCUAGUGAAUCGCUUGAAAGUGAACAAAAAUAUUUUAACACCACUAAAUCUCAGAAAUCAAUAAGAGGUAUAGACAACUUAAUAAAGUCUCCAGCUCGUCGACCAUCUUCAACGAAUUCAGACUACGAUCGGAUUUCUAUUAAUCAUACAAAACCGAAUAAUGAUGUCUUGACACGGACACAGUCUGCAUUGGAUCUGUGUAGCACCAAGGUUGAUACAAUGCUUAGAACUAAAGGGUCAGAGACAGAUAACUGCGAAAGUAGUGAUGAGGUAAAAUCGCCAUCAGAUAUACAACCAAAUCCGAAGUCUAAUGAAGAUGCUUUCACGAAAAGGACUAAAGGUGUAUUAAAAAAUGCGUCCUCAACAUCAUCUUUAAAUAAGAAAAAAGUUAUAUUCGAUAUGGAUGCAAUUCAAAUGAAGUCAUUGAGCGCUACACCUUCGCAGAGUAUUACUGAAAAAAGUCAGAACGAAAAUUUUGAACUAGGUCUGACAAAUUUAGAUACCGAGGAAUGGGACUUAUCAAGCAUUGAAAAUGAACCAUUGAAAAAUGACACGAAACUGAAACGCACGAGUCCGAAGAUUGCUGAAUUGAAACAAACUAUAGAAUCUCAAUUGGUUCGCCGAACUGAGACAUCUGCAGGACUUGUUGGCAGAGUAGACGUGCUAGGCUUAAAUAAAUUAAUUACUAAUGAUUAUAAUAUAGGCGGUAGUAAUACAAGUUUGGGUAGUUCCAUAUUAGAUGAGUCAGACAGUAUACCAGCAGUAAAUAAAAAAUCUUUCGCCGUACCAAAGAAAGCAUCUGAAAAAGAAAAUAGCGAAUUAGACAUUUCAGAAUUCAGUAUUGAUGGUAUUCAUAUCAAUAAAAACGAAUCUUUUUAACAAAAAACGUAUAUUACAUUAUUUGUUCCAAAAUGGAUCAAUAUUUUCUGAAUACUGUUUAUUUAUGUUUAAAAACGAAUUGGAGUCAUAUUUCCAACAAUAUCUAUAUAGGCAGAUUUUUGGCACUUUUUGACCUUAAAAGUAUUCAAACCUCUAAUGGUCCCAGUCUUUUGAUCCUUAUAACUAUAAGCAACAGGUAGAAAAAGGGCUGAUUAUAAAUAUGUAUGAAACUUAGUGUCGCAAAAAUCCGUCGGUAUAUAAUUUUCGAAGUCUGUCAAUGUAGACCUUAAUGUCUUCAAAAAUGAUGAACAGUCCCCUAAGAAAGCUUUCUUGUAGCUACAGCGUAAUGUAGAUAAGUGUCCUUGCUGCCCCAUGUCAAAAAUGCGUUUGUAUAUACUUAAGACUACACAUUGUACGCAUUUUCUGUGGUAAUUUCAUUAUUGUCUACUCGAUGGGUAUAAGGCAGAAGCACUGUUUUGUUUAUAAUACCUAAUAAAACGUGUUAUUCCAAAAA